GCCAAGCAGUCCCUCGCCACACUGACCAAGGAUGUCCCCAAGCGUCACUCCUUGGCCAUGCCAGGUGAGACGGUGCUGAACGGCAACCAGGAGUGGGUGAUGCAGGCUGACCUCCCGCUGACGGCCGCCAUCCGGCAGAGCCAGCAGACCCUCUACCACUCGCACCCCCAGCACUCGGCAGACCGGCAAGCGGUCAGAGUGAGUCCCUGUCAUUCCCGGCAGCCAUCCAUCAUCUCCGACGCUUCCGCGGCUGAGGGCGACCGGUCAUCCACGCCGAGCGACAUCAACUCGCCCCGGCAUCGAACGCACUCGCUCUGCAACGGGGACAGUCCUGGACCGGUACAGAAGAACUUGCACAACCCAAUCGUACAGUCUCUAGAGGACCUGGAAGACCAAAAACGGAAAAAAAAGAAAGAGAAGAUGGGUUUCGGCUCCAUCUCCAGAGUGUUCGCCCGGGGGAAGCAGCGCAAAUCCCUCGACCCCGGCCUCUUCGACGGUACGGCCCCCGACUACUACAUCGAGGAGGACGCGGACUGGUGACCCCCCCUCUCCCCAUCGCCGAUGUACAUACCCC